AUGAAUCCUGAGUAUGACUACCUGUUCAAGUUGUUGCUGAUUGGGGACUCUGGUGUAGGAAAGUCGUGUUUACUUCUACGGUUUGCUGAUGACACCUAUACAGAGAGCUACAUUAGCACUAUUGGAGUGGAUUUUAAAAUCAGAACUAUUGAAAUGGAGGGGAAGACUGUUAAACUGCAGAUUGAGUCUUUCAACAAUGUGAAGCAAUGGUUAGAAGAAAUUGACCGCUAUGCCUGUGAAAAUGUCUCCAAGUUGUUAGUCGGUAAUAAGAGUGACCUUGCCUCAAAAAAGGUGGUAGACUUUACCACAGCAAAGGAAUUUGCGGAGUCACUCAAAAUCCCAUUCCUGGAGACGAGUGCCAAGAACGCAAACAACGUAGAGAAGGCAUUUUUAACAAUGGCCUCUGAAAUCCAGAAGAGGGUUGGGACGGACAGUGUUCAGAAUGAAGCUAUUAAAAUGGGAUCCAAAAUAAACAGUGCCCCCUUAUGGCCUGGUGGAGAGAAGUCAGUAGCUGAGGAGGUCAGCUCUUGUUGUUAGUGCUCAGCAUCUUUUAAAUUCAAGUUAAUAUUUUUGUUUAUCAUUUUAUGUGUUUCUCUUUUUCCUUCUUUUUCAUUCUGAAUAUGAAAUAAUUCAUUGAUUUUAUGUUUCCAUGAGCUAAUGAAAGUUGUACAUGCCUUUUCUGUAAAUGCUCUUUUCUCGUUUUUGGUAAUGAACCAAACCUGUUAGCCUCAACCUCUUAUCCUAUUAUAAUCUCUUAUGCUGCAUUUAUUUAA